GGAGCGGCGGGGCCGCGGCCGCCCUUCCCGGGGCCGAGCGGCGCCGGCACCGCGCGGGCACUGUCCCGGCACGGCCUCUGCUCGCCCCCGCGUGUCUCUGCCCCGCGCCUGUCGCUCGCCCCGCACGUGAGUUUCCCCGUGCGCGUCCCCCGCGUGUCCCCUGCCCUUGCCCUUGCGUUUCCCCGCCUUACCCGCCCCCCCGGCCCGCCCGAAGCCGGCUCCAAGGACCCGGCUGCCGGCCGAUGGCCGCGCCUCCCGCCGCUCCCCGUGUCUCCGUGUAUUCCCAAGGGCCCAGGUGGCUUGGGAAGGGCGGUGGGCAGCGCAGCCUUACGCCCUGCCCGGGGCGUUGCCAGGGCCCAGAAGCGGUACUCGGGUCCCUCCCCAACCAAAGCCGGUCCUGCGUGUCCCUUCUUGCCCGCGUCACCCUGCCGCGGGUCCCUCCUUGCAGCCCUGCCCAACAGCCCCUCCUGAGACCUUGCUCUGGCCCCUCUUCUCUCUGCAGCCAGUGACCUGCGAGGAUGGCGGUGCUGGGGGCCUACUGUGAGGGCAACAGCUCCAUCGCCCAGGCCUGGGUCCAGCAAGGCUUCCAGCCCUGCUUCUUCUUCACGCUGGUGCCAGCCGUGCUGCUGAGCGUCUGCCUGCUGCUGGGUGCCCUGCAGUACGCCUGCUACCUCCGCUUCGGCCGCGCCAUGGAGCCCAAGUACAUCCCCCGCUCCCGCCUCUACCGCGGCCAGGUCUUACUGUCCCUGCUCCUGGCCCUGCAGCCCUUUGGUGGGCUGCUGUGGCAAGCGGCGGGGCUGGGGCGGCUCUACGGGUACAUGUUGCUGCACGCCUGCCUCUGGGCCCUCAGCUGGGGCUGCGCCAUUGCCCUCCUGCAGCUGGAGCACACGCGGGUGCUGGCACACGACCGGACGCGAGGCCAUGGCACCGUCCUCCUCCUCUUCUGGGCGCUGGCCUUCGCCGCUGAGAACCUGACCCUGGUGUGCUGGAGGAGCCCACUGUGGUGGUGGGCACUGGAGGACACCAACCAGAAGGUUCAGUUCAGCUUCUGGCUUCUGCGUUACAUCUGCACGCUCAUGCUCUUCAUCCUGGGCAUGAAGGCCCCGGGGCUGCCCCACAAGCCCUACAUGCUGCUGGUCAACGAGGAGGAACGGGAUGUGGAGAACAGCCAGCCCCUGCUGCCUGAGACUGGCAGGACCACCUCCACCUGGAAGGAUUUCCGGAGGAAGCUGCAGCUGCUGGUGCCGUACAUGUGGCCGAGGGGCAACCACCGGCUGCAGGGGCUGGUGCUGUUCUGCAUGGCCCUCAUGGGGCUGGAGCGGGCCAUCAAUGUCUUCGUCCCCAUCUACUACAAGAACAUUGUGAAUGAGUUGACAGAAGGCGCUCCCUGGCACGCCCUGGCCUGGACUGUUUGCAUCUAUGUGGGACUAAAGUUCCUGCAGGGCGGAGGAGCUGGCUCCACCGGCUUCGUGAGCAACCUGCGCACCUUCCUGUGGGUGUGGGUGCAGCAGUUCACCAACCGGCAGGUGCAGGUGCAGCUCUUUGCCCACCUGCACGGGCUGUCCCUGCGCUGGCACCUGGGCCGCCGCACGGGCGAGGUGCUGCGCAGCGUGGACAGGGGCACCAGCAGCAUCAACAGCCUGCUCAGCUACAUCGUCUUCAGCAUCGUCCCCACCAUCGCUGACAUUGUCAUCAGCAUUGUUUAUUUCACCUCGGUCUUCAGUGCCUGGUUUGGCCUCAUCAUCUUCGUGUGCAUGAGCCUCUACCUCGCUCUGACCAUCUUCAUCACCGAGUGGAGAACCAAGUACCGGCGGGACAUGAACACACGGGACAACGAGGCCAAGUCCCGGGCCGUGGACUCACUCCUCAACUUUGAGACGGUGAAGUACUACAACGCAGAGAGCUACGAAGUGAACCGCUUUAACGAUGCUAUCAUCAAGUACCAGGUCUCCGAGUGGAAGGUCAGUGCCUCGCUGGGCCUCCUCAACCAGACCCAGAACCUAGUCAUCGGCCUGGGGCUGCUGGCAGGGUCCUUGCUCUGUGCCUACUUUGUCACCGAAAGCAAGCUGCGGGUGGGAGACUUUGUCCUCUUUGGCACCUACAUCAUCCAGCUCUACACGCCACUCAACUGGUUCGGGACUUACUACAGGAUGAUCCAGAACUCCUUCGUGGACAUGGAGAACAUGUUCGAGCUCUUCAACGAGGAGCAGGAGGUGAAGGAUGCGGUGAACGCCGGUGACCUGCGCUUGGAGGCCGGGCGCAUCGAGUUCGAGAACGUGCACUUCAGCUACCUGGAUGGGAAGGAAAUCCUGCAGGACGUCUCCUUCUCUGUGAUGCCCGGGCAGACCUUGGCCCUGGUGGGACCUUCGGGCUCGGGGAAGAGCACUGUCAUCCGCCUGCUCUUCCGCUUCUAUGACGUGCGGGGCGGCUGCAUCCGCAUCGAUGGGCAGGACAUCUCCCAGGUGAAGCAGGCAUCGCUGCGCGCUCACAUCGGGGUGGUGCCCCAGGACACGGUGCUCUUCAACGACACCAUCGCCAACAACAUCCGCUACGGCCGGAUCCUGGCCACUGACCAGGAGGUGCAGGAGGCAGCCCGGGCUGCUGACAUCCACGACCGCAUACUUUCCUUCCCCGAUGGAUACAACACCCAGGUGGGGGAGCGGGGGCUGAAGCUGAGUGGGGGGGAGAAGCAGCGCGUCGCUAUCGCACGCACCAUCCUCAAGGGUCCCCACAUCAUCCUGCUGGAUGAGGCCACAUCUGCACUUGACACUGAGACUGAGAGGAACAUCCAGGCCUCCCUGGCCAAGGUCUGUGCCCACCGAACCACCAUCGUUGUUGCACACAGGCUCUCCACUGUGGUGGGUGCAGACCAGAUCCUGGUGCUCAAGGAUGGGCGCAUCGCCGAGCGAGGGAGCACUGUUGUCAAGCCUCACCCUUCCCUUCAGCCCAGCGUGACCCCACCUCCCUGCCCUGGGGAAACACUGCCAGCAGACAACCCCAUUUUGGGACAGCCCAGCCCUGUGCAGAGCCAGGCACAGUCUGGCAGACAGGAGCUGAGGAGAAGCAGCACUGCUCUGCACAGCUGCAGCCUCCCCUGCAAGAGAGCAACAGGAUAAGUGUCCCAGCCCAGGUGGCGUCAGCUCCUGCCUCCAAACAUCAGCCAGGAGGGGCUGUUUGCAAGAAGGAACUCUGUGCUGCUGCUACCCAGGAGUGAGACACCUGCAGCACGUCUGGAAGGAGGGGAAGCAUUCCUGCCCCAGCAGCAGUAAACCACAGCCCUGAGCUGGAUCAGGGCAGCAGGGAGCAGCCAGCAGCAGGAAGGCAGCUGCAAUGCUUUUGCACAAGCACUGCUGGCACAAUCAGAUCACUGCUGAGGUUACUUGGCAGUUAAUGGCCCUUCUUAAAUUAAACCAGAAAGGAGACACAGCUUCA